ACUUUGGUGCAAGGAACGUGGGACGAUUUACACUCAGCAGUGGUGUUCUGGAUGUAUUAUUUUACUAUUAACAUGUUUUACAUUCGGUUUUUGUCAGCAGUAAAAUGGGUGAGCCACGGUUAAGAGACUGCACGCGUCGCAGUCACGUUUUUUACUUUUCCAGUGUGGCGUACAUACAUACUUCUCUGUAAUUAUGAGUGUACCCCUUUAAAAGAGAAGAUGAGAUGGGGGUGAGCAGGUGACGUAUGAGAAAGAAAAAAAAAUUGAGCAGUCGUCUUAAAACGUUGGAUAGUUCAUCCGUCUGUUUUCGCAUCAGCACCGUACGUGAUGCAGCGCAGUUGGGCAUGGCUUGGAAGUCACGAACACGUAGUCUGCAAGUUUUUGACACAGAAUUGAGUGCUGACAGCGUGGAAUGGUGCCCAGUAUCUAAUUGCCACAGAUUCCUGGUUUGCGGGACUUAUGAGCUCCAAAAAGGGAAAGGGGAAGAAGAUGGUGCCCCAAACCGGACUGGUCGUUUGUACCUUUUUGAAUAUCAGCACGAGGCAUUGAGUCCUCCUCUCUCUGAACGACAGCGCAUGGACACACCAGCGAUUUUAGAUUUGAAAUGGUGUCAUGUGCCUGUGUCAGGAAAGGUCAUGCUCGGACUGGCAGCUGCCACUGGAGAACUGCAGCUAUAUGUAUUUUCAGACCCCCAGGAAGGCACUCCCAAUCUCCAAACUCUGAGCAGCGUCGAGCUGGGUGUAGACAAGCUGGCUCUGUCAUUAGAUUGGUCCACAGGAAGAAUGGACAGCAGCAGUGAUGUGCGAGUGGUAUGCAGCGACUCUGCAGGUCAUGUCAGUGUGCUCUCUUUGGAUGAAGGUUCUCUGAUGACUUUAUCACAGUGGAAGGCUCACGACUUUGAGGCUUGGAUCUCAGCCUUCUCCUACUGGGACACACAGUUGGUAUACUCAGGUGGAGAUGACUGUAAGCUUAAAGGCUGGGACCUCAGGAUCGGUCCUUCCAGCCCUACUUUUGUCAGUAAAAGGCAUUCAAUGGGUGUGUGCAGUAUUCAGAGCAACCCACACCGGGAACACAUUCUGGCAACAGGCAGCUAUGAUGAGAAGGUACUCCUGUGGGAUGGCAGAAAUAUGCAGCAGCCUUUCAGUGAGAGUUUGCUUGGUGGUGGGGUGUGGAGGUUAAAAUGGCAUCCGACUCAUCAGCAUCUGCUGCUGGCAGCAUGCAUGCACAAUGACUUCCACAUACUUCACUGUCAACAGGCCAUGGAUUCCAACAAAGGUGCUUGUCCUGUUUUAGCCUCCUACAUCCUCCACAACUCUCUGGCAUAUGGAGCAGACUGGUCUCGACUGUCCCUGGAGGAACCUGCUCCUGUCUCCCAUACUGCUGUAGAUCCAAAGGAACAGCUCACAGACAGCAGAGGACAUCUGAGAAUCCAGUAUGAAUCUCCCACUGCUAGCUUCGAUACUUCCUUAGAAGAUGAUUGUGGGCAAUACAUCCCAGAAGGCAUUGCUCCACAGUCUACAAGCUCCAAUUCAGGCGACAUCUUCACUCCUGAUCAAGAUGUUUCUUCAUUGUCUUUUCUUCUUGCAAGUUGCUCAUUUUAUGAUCAUAUGCUUCACUUGUGGCAUUGGGAUUGGGCUCCAGCUGAAGCAAUAGAUCAAUGUUGACCUUACUAGAAAGACUAGUUGCAUUGGCUUUCAGAUGUGAAGCUCAUUUUCAUGUAAGUUGAUCAAUAAUUAAAAAUUCAUUUAAAAAAAUAAUGUAGCAUUUUUUUAUGCUGCCUUGAUUCAUUUAAAAAAAUAAUGUAGCAUUUUUUUACGCUGCCUUGAUUUUUUUGGGAGUACCAGUAAAUAUCUCCCAGGCUUGCUUAAAUACCUGUUUUUUUAAAAAGUUAUUGAUUUAAUAUUUUAGGCAUUCAAAGUAAAGCCAUUCUUUUUUGACAGAUAAAAUGUGGUUGGCCAUUUGAAAUAUAUUUCUUUUUUUUAAAGACUGCUUCAUAAAAGUCCAGUGAGUUGCACAGUUUAAUUUACUUUCCUCUUCAAACUGUCAUUAUAAGUGCAUUAAGUGAUCCUAACUACUAAAACCCGUUUCACUCUUUUCCUUAUACAAUUGUAAUAAUGGUAAAGACAUGCAAUAGCUCUGACAAAGGACUGCUAGUUAAGGAACCCUCAAUAACGGAAAUGCUUAGUAAAAUUGUCAAAAGUAAAGUCAGUGGGUCAUGUCGUUAUUGAUCACCCAUCCAUCCAUUUUCCAAGCCGCUUAUCCUCACAAGGGACAUUAUUAAUCAAAUGAUGGGAAUAUUACCCAUAUGGUGCCGAAUGAAUAGUUUGACAAGAACAUGGACAUAGUUUUCCUGACUAGCUUAGUUUGUAUCACAAAUACAGUAUGGCUCUGAAUCGUGGAAACAAAAAGUUCAAUACCUAGUUUCACCCACCCAUUUUUUACAUUUUAUUUUAGACUGGGCAUUCCAUAAAACAUUGAAGAACCCAGGACAAUAAAAUGUUUUAAAAAAGUUUAGUAUUUCUCAAAGGGCAACAGCACUAGAAUGUGAUGGAUUCCAGCAGUCUGCUUAUAAAGUACAUUUGCACAGUGCUUCAUU